UUCUCAUCUGUCAUUGUGUCAAAAGUACCAAAAAUGGCGGCGGACGGUGACGAUGUGAUUAGUGAUCAGGAAAAAGUUAGAAUUGUUUCGGAUUUUAUACUACAUUCACCACCGGGAGAGUUCAACGAAGUGUUCAAUGAUGUGAGGGUAUUGCUGAACAACGAUACCCUGCUCAAGGAGGGCGCGAGCGGUGCCUUCGCGCAGUACAACAAGGACCAGCUCACGCCCGUGCGCCUCGAGGGCUCCGAGCUGCACACGCUCGUCACCGACCACAACGACCUCGGCGGCGGACGGUUCUUCGACCCGCGGUCGAAGCGCUCCUUCAGGUAUGACCACUUGCGCAAGGAGGCGUCGGAGUACGAGCCGUACGAGCCCGACCGGGUGGCGGAGCCCUGGCGGGCGGCGCUCGACGUCGAGCUGACGAAUUACGUCGCGGAGCACUACAAGCACGGCGCGAGCUUGGUAGUGGGGCGAGCGCUCGACUCGGGGACGGUGUCGCUGGUCGCGUGCAUCGAGGAUCAUCAGUUCCAGCCCAAGAACUACUGGAACGGACGGUGGCGAUCCGUAUGGUCGCUGACUGUGGGCGGAGGGGCUCCGGCCACGGAGCUGCGUGGGAUGCUGCGUGUCCAGGUGCACUACUACGAGGACGGGAACGUUCAGCUCGUGAGCUCCAAAGAAGUCCGCGCGCCUCUCAUCGCGAGCGGCGAGGUGGCCGCCGCCAAGGAGUUCGUCCGGCUGGUGUGCGAGGCGGAGAACUCGUACCAGACGGCCAUCUCGGACAACUACAAGACGAUGAGCGACACGACGUUCAAGGCGCUGCGCCGCCAGCUGCCCGUGACGCGGAGCAAGAUCGACUGGGCGCGCCUCGUCUCGUACACCAUCGGCAAGGAGCUCAAAAGCCAAUGAUGUCCCGCCGCUGCGCUCUGAGCUGCAGCGGUCGCUCCAUGCCUCUGUACAUAUUCUCGUAAGAGUAAAUCUUGUUCAAAUAUUUACUCGCCCCGGGCGCUCCCGGCGCGUAUUUAUCUAUGAGUAUAGAGAAAUCGCUAUUGUAACUGUUAAAUUUUAUUGCAUUUUGUUACUCUCGUGAAAGGAUAUGGAAUGCUUCAUCUUCGCCCGCUUCCAAGUGGCAUUUAUACCAUAGUAUUUUAAAUUUAUUGAACUCCUUUUUUAUUCCAGAGAAUACUUAACUUGUCCGUUUCAGAUUUUGUCGUGAGAUUAUGGAGAUGAUUUCUUUAGGGCCGCCUGUUCUACAACUCUAGAUACUAGACUCUAGAUCUGUAGGGAAUUUGUUUUGAUAGAUUACACAAACUUUUUUUACAAAAAACGAUUGUUGUAAAGAGUAUUGUUGUGUAAGCAAUAUGAAUUUGAUUUGGUUUAUUGCGAUCGAUAAAUGUAUGUCAAUUACAAAGAAUGUAUAUGUUAUAAAUCUUAUAGCUAUCGCCUGAACAGUGACCUACCUAAUAUGCUUGAAUCUUAGUCCAUCCAAUUGAUAAUUGCAUUGAACAUCAGUAUUAUUUGUAUAUUAGUUCUUUAGUGGUAGCCGCAUGCCUAACUACAUCUUUGAGAAGUCUACAAUUGCAUAAAUGGAUACCAACAACGUUGUUCCUCCAAUCAGGUUUAUUGUAUGCUGUUUAUUAUGAACAAAACACUGCAAAGUAUUUUAAGAGGUGCAACUUCAGAAAUUCUUCUAAAAUUAAAGUUCCUGGUGUUGCACAAUUUGCUUGAACAUAAUUUAAACUAAAUUGCUAUCCUUUUCACACUACUCCUUACAGAAAAGGAUAGUUAGUACUAUUUCAACACAUUUUUAUUUUUAGACCUGUAUACAUUGCCUACAACAAUAUUAGCAAUUAGAGGCUCCUAUGCAAAAAGUGUCUAAGACCAUUUUUGUAAUUGUUAAAGCAAUGCAAGUCAAAAGCACUAUCCUUACAAAAAUACAAACAUUUUCAACCUAAACAUUACUAAUAACAGAUAAGAUAUAAAAAACUUUAUUCUUUUAUAAAUUUCAUGUUUCCAAUACAAAAAGUAGAUACAACUCUUUUUGUACAGUACUCUAGUUAAUGUGUUAAGAUUUGCUUUUAUAGUAUAAGGAACAACAAGCUUUAUUUGCUAUAAUCUGCUAAAAUAGACAAAUCUAUUGUACCAUACAAGGUGCAGUACGCGCACACCCUUCCACUACUAAAGAAGCAGGAGAAGCAAGCAACACACAACACCACACAAAUCUUCCAGAACACACUCAACAUACAUUUCACUCUGAUAGCAUAGCAUUGCAUCCUCAGGAGAUAUAGACUCCACAGUGCACAAUUGCAGUCUUUUUAA